CCCAGAAGAGGAACUGGGCUCGAAACCAUUCCAUUUCUGUGAAUGAGUAGUCCGAGCAACUUAAUAAAGGAAAACGAGGAAGGGACAGUAGGAUACUUUGGCUGUUUGGAUGAAUUUAGCAGGAGGAGCACAACGCCCUGCCAUGAAACUUAAGGAGUAUUUUGCAAGAAUUUCUUACAAAGGCCCUCAGAUGCCACUGGAUUUAAAAACCUUGACGGCAGUUUUGCAACACCACAUCCGAUCAGUACCAUUUGAAAACCUCAGCAUUCACUGUGGUGAAACCAUUGAGUUUGGGUUGGAAGCGGUCUACAACAAAAUCGUAAAGAACCACCGAGGCGGAUGGUGCCUUGAGAACAACCUUCUUUUAUCAUGGGUCUUUCAGACCAUGGGCUAUGAGGUCACUCUUUUGGGAUCUCAUGUUUACAUCCCUCAGGAAAACAAAUAUGACGAAGCCAUGAACCACCUCCUGUUUAAAGUGGUCAUUGAUGGCAAAGCCUACAUCAUCGAUGGAGGCUUUGGGAUAGCCUUCCAAAUGUGGGAACCAAUGGAAUUGGUUUCUGGAAAGGACCAACCUCAGAAGCCGGGCAUCUUCCGCCUCACAGAAGAAAAUGGAGUAUGGCACUUUGACAAAAUAAAGCGCAAAGUAUAUGGUUCCAGUGCUGAUAACAGCUCUCUCUACUUUGAUGGCCCGGAAGACUUGACUUGCAAGAAAGUUUUUGCAUUUACGCUGAAGCCACGGUCGAUAGAGGAGUUCCGAGAGCAGAAUACGAUUCUACAAACUGCACCUGAUUCUUUGUUUGUUAAGAAGUCCAUCUGUAGCCUCCAGACUGCCAAUGGCUUUCAGGUUUUGAUUGGCUGGACACUCACAGAAACCAAAUAUGAUUACAAGGACAACAUGGAUAUGAUAGAACGGACCACUCUUAGUGACAAAGAAGUGGAGAAAGCUCUGAAGGAGCGGUUCAACAUAAGAUUAAAGAAGAAGUUUGUCCCCAUUAAUGAAAGCCUAGUGGCCACAUCUUAACUUCGAUUACUUCCACAGCAAAUUUAGAAAACCCUACCUGAGCCAAGCAACCCCAAAAUUGUGA